AUCUUACUCUCACCCCCCUCCUCUGUAAACAUGGCCGUCGAUCUUCAAAACUACGAUGAGGAGCAAGUCCGUCUGAUGGAAGAAAUGUGCAUUGUCAUUGACAAGGAUGACAAGCGCAUUGGUGCCGAGAGCAAGAAGACGUGCCAUCUUAUGGAUAACAUCAACACCGGUUUGCUCCACCGCGCCUUCAGUGUUUUCUUGUUCGAUUCUCAGAACAGACUUCUUCUCCAGCAACGCGCUAGCGAGAAGAUCACCUUCCCCGAUAUGUGGACCAAUACCUGCUGUUCUCACCCCCUUAAUACAGCUUCCGAACUGGUUGAAGAGGCUCAACUGGGUGCACGAACAGCCGCUCAACGCAAGCUCGACCAUGAACUUGGUAUCAAGCCAGAACAAGUCCCUCUUGAUGAUUUUGAGUUCUUGACUCGAAUUCAUUAUCUUGCACCAAGUGAUGGCAUGUGGGGUGAACAUGAGAUCGAUUACAUUUUCUUCAUCAGAGCUGAUGUGGAUAUGGACAUGAAUCUCAACGAAGUUCGUGAUACUAAAUAUGUUACCCCUGAGGAACUUCGUGCCAUGUUUGUUGACCCCAACAUCAAAAUGACACCUUGGUUCAAGUUAAUUUGUGAGACUUUCCUGUUCAAGUGGUGGGCCAACAUUGAUCAGCUUGAAGGUCAGCGUGACGUUGAUACGAUACAAAGACUUGGAUUCUAGGAUGGCUUCGCCGCCGCCUGUUUGAUUUUUGGUUUAUAAUACCUACGUGCAUAUUCCUUCCCCACGUUGUAUUGCUUUCUUUCCCCUUCCCCCCCCUUUUUUUUUUUUAUCUUACUACACACCCAUAAUUUUUUUUUCCUUAGCCCAUGUUGAAU